CCACUGGAAUCAUGUAUGAAAGAUACCUUAUAUACAUGUAAACAAAUGAGUAUAAAUAUUAUAUUUUUUUUUUGUUUAAUAUAUAAAACAUUAUUAUAUAAAUAAGAUAAAAAUAUAUAAAAAUAGAGAAGAAAAAAAAUAUCUUUAGUUUAUGUUUCAAUUAGAAAUAUAAAAAGAAAUUGAAAUUAAUCAUUUUAUUAUUCUUUGAAAACUAUCGGAUAAUAAUUGAUAUAUUGCACACUCAAUAUAUUUAAUUUCGAAUAGUAGGGGACAAAAUCUUGAUAUUAAACUUCAUAUUAUUUCAUCAAUUUGUGCUCACACUAGAUCCCUGACAAAGAUUUUAUCUAUAUACUAGGACAAUAAAAUAUAAUUAGACACAAAAUCUAACCUCUCAAUUACAAUCAGAUAUUCUUUUUCAUUUAUUUCUCUUCCUAUGUUUUAUACAAUGAAUAUGAAACAAAAAUAACUAAAAAGAAAAGAAAAAAUCUUUCUUACGUGGGAAUAUUUUCGAAUACUAUCACAAAGAAACAAUCAUGUAUGUAUACAUGUUUGUAUAAGUAUAUAUGUACAUAAAUGCGAUACGCGUACCAAAUGUGUAUGCGAGACCGAGGAAAAAAGUAUGAAGAGAACGUUUGUUUGCUUUGACAAGUAUCGAAAGUCCAUGUAACCGCGAGAAUGUCCAAGUUAUAAUAUUUUAUAUAUUUCAUUUUGAAAUAUCUAUUAUAACUUCGAUAUCAACGAAAGAAAAAAUGAUUGAAAAUGGAAUCGGAAUUUGAGAUGUUAAUAAAUUUAUUAGGUAUUUUGGAAUUUAUCAAAGAGACAUUAAGUAUUGAGAUAUCGUAAAGGAGAAGGAAAUGAGAUUAAAUCACGUGUUCUCCGAGACGAUCGACCGAUAAAUGUGUUGAUAGGCAGAGUCACAGUCGAGCUUUUAUACAAGCACCAGUUGACCUUCUUUCCUGUUUCAUGGUCUCGUUCAUCCCGAAAUUGAAUUGGUUAAUUGACAGGUUUAAUUGAGAACAGAUUGUUCGCCUAAUCGCCCUGGGCGCCAGCAUUGAUUCGUUACAAAGGAAGACGCCAGGAGGUUUUCCUGACAUUUUCCUAUUUGUCGACGACACUUUAUCUUCUUUCUUCCUCUUUUUUAUUGUUUUCGAUGGACAUCGAUGGAUUUUGCCAGUCAUGUGUAUUCAUCUUUAUUUAAAUUCUAUGAAAUUAGCAGUCGAGUCUAUUACGAUGGUUUUAAACAUCAUUUCAUGAAAUUUGAUGUUGAUCGAAUGUUCAAACAUCGUUUGCAAUUGAAUAUUGCAUUUUAUAAAUUAAUAUUAAUCUAAAUUGUCAUUUGAAUGGAUAAAAAAAGAAAGAAAAAACAAAAGCAAAAUAGUGAACGCACAGCAAAGAAAUUGAGUUGUGAAACUCUCACAAAUCCCGUUGGAAUCAAUAAAUUUCUUCGUACGAAUGUUUCCGGUUUGCGGUGACGUCGAAGAAUCGAAAGAGGAAAAGAAGGAACAACAAUGAAGGAAGAAACUGAAAGAGAUACGUAGUAAGAUCUCUUAGUAGUAGUUGUAAGAUCUUCUCCCAAGACGCAACCAGGAUUCUCAUUACGUAUGGAAGAGCGUGGAUCUCGAUUGAAAUUGAGACAAAUCGCUUCGUGGGCCGUCAAGAUUGGCCCCCUUUGGGGCUAGAUGUUUUCUUAGUAGGAUACGGAUUCAUUUCAAAUGAAAUCGGCAUUGUCGAGGCAACGGGAAGAAAAAUAACAGUUUAGUCCAGGGAAAGACAAUGGGGAUGAAAAAAGAAAAGAAAAGAACACGUAGGGGUAGCUUGCACCCCUAUAAAACCAGGAGCUGAGAACGUAUCAACAUCAUUCGCCGACAACUUCCCGUGAUAACGUGUACUCGAACGAAGCGAUGAUCGGUUUCGCCGUAUUUUCGUCUUUCAAUCGUUUUACGACCAUUUUUGUCUGCGUACUGCUGUGCGUGGUCUACUUGCUGUCAUAUGCUUCUGGGGAAUACGAUGGUAGAGAUUCAUCAAGUAGCUCGAAUAAUGACAGAGCGCCAAGUAACGAGUUUGGUUCGUGCACCGACGGCAAGUGUAUCAAACGUACUUCGCAGGAUAUCACUAGUGGUAUGUGGUUUGGUCCCCGACUUGGACGAAGACGCAGAGCGGAUCGAAAACCAGAGAUUAAUUCUGAUAUUGAGGCGCUCGCCAACGCAUUUGAGGAACCACAUUGGGCCAUUGUCACGAUUCCAGAAACAGAGAAACGACAGAUAACACAAUUCACACCUCGUUUGGGAAGAGAAUCGGGUGAGGAAUAUUUUUCAUAUGGACUUCCAAAGGAUCAAGAAGAUUUAUACACAGAGGAACAGAUAUUUCUACCUUUAUUUGCAUCACGUCUAGGACGUCGAGUACCCUGGACACCAUCUCCGAGACUUGGACGUCAAUUGCACAAUAUUAUUGAUAAACCUAGACAAAAUUUUAACGAUCCACGCUUUUAAGACUGGUUUGAUGUUCUGGAUGAUUAAUAGCUAAUGAUAUAGUGUAAUUAAGACCAUAUUAAGGAAAUAAAGGACUUGUAUUUAUUUGUAUUAUAA